AUGCCGCUUCAGUUUCCAACCGUCAAACAGCCUAACCGUGAAGAGCCCCGUGUCAAGGAUUUCUUAGAAUCCUGCCGACAGGGGAACCUUCCGGUGGUUGAGGAGAGUCUCCAGCAGCACCAGCCAAACGAUGCCUGGCUAUCCCAUGCCCUCACAGAGGCGGCCAAGGCCGACCAGCCUGUUAUUAUGGAAUUACUGCUAGAAAAGGGGGCAACAAUCCAGACAUGGACCAUCUACGCAGCCAAAUCACAGGCCGCCUGGGAGAUCCUAUUGAAACACGGACUGGAGAUCAACAACCCGAUGCCCUGGGCUCUUGUACCGCUAAUAUCGGUGGUGGUCAAAAAUGACGCCGCACUCCUGCGAUGGUACCUUUCUCUUGGAGCGGACCCCAAUCUGGGUCCACCAGAUACUCGUCGCAGGGGAUUCGUGGGCUCUGACGAUGUACCAGUGCCCGAGUCUGGAGCAGCGCUGGAAGAGGCUAGCCGGUUUUGCGACACGCUCAUCAUUGAUAUCCUGGUAGAGCACGGGGCCAAACUCAAAAACAGUCUCGCGCUUCACAAUGCCUUGAUGCGGCGGGAGGGUCGAAUCCUGAUAAUGGAGCAUCUACUCCACCUUGGAGUGGAUGUCAAUCACUUCGGCUGGCUUCCUCCACUGGCCCACGGUGGAACGGCACUUCAUCUCGCAGCGUAUCGUGGCCAGGUUGAGGAAGUGCAGUGGCUUCUGGAGCACGGGGCAGAUCCUGAAAUCAAAGGCCGGAUGCAAAUGAUGCCUGAGGAUUAUGCCCUUCUGCAGGAACACAAUGAGGUGGUGAAGCUACUGCGAGACUGGAGAGGGGUUGUGAUCCCUUCCUGA